UUAAUAAAGAAAACACCACCAAAAAGGAUGGUUCCCAGCUGAAGAUGCUGUCACUCUAACUCUUUUGUCUCUGUGCAUCUUCCUGUCCUUCGUCAAUGGCUUAGGACUAAAGAUUCUUACAUGUGGGCGUUUUAAAAAAAAAAAAGCCUUGAUCGAGAUUUUCAAACACUUCUUCAACAACUCAAGUCAAGCUGUUUAGUUUCUCAGAUGCAACUGAUAGUUCAACUACACUCCACUGAAACCACCUGCCACCUUUUUUCUUAAUCUUUCUCUCAACACAUGGAAGAGAUCUUCAAAUUACAAGAAAGUCGAGGUUUUUCAUUUUCCUGCUGAUUCUUCUAUUACAAAACAAGGGUUCCUGGAAAAGAUCUCACGGACAAAGUUGUCAUUCUUCACGAUCUUUGUCUAAUUAGAUUACUGUUCUGUUUUAGAUCUUAGUUAGCUAAAAAACGGUUGUAAUAUAAUGGGUUCUUUGCCUCCUGUAAUGGAGAAUCAACGUAGCUUUCUAGGUAACUCCAUCGAGGUACAAGACAGUCUCAGAUGCGUUGGUACAGAGAAUCAUCCAAGAAAGGGAAGACCUUUGGAGAAGCAAGUUAGUUUCCAACAUGGAACCGAAGGAAGAGCAAUGGAGAGGCAGAGAAGCUUGCGUGGGUUCGUCGAGAAACAGAAAAGCUUUCGUGUAGUGAUAGAGAGACAGUUAAGUUUCAUGAAUGGUGAGAGGAAGAUGAAGAAGAAUGAGUCACCCGGUAAAAGAGGAGACUCUCCUCUCCACAUUGCAGCUCGAACAGGGAACUUGGGAAAGGUUAUGGAAUCGAUUCGAAGUUGUAACGGUGCUGAAGAGUUAAGGGAGUUGCUGUCAAAGCAAAAUCUAGAAGGAGAGACUCCUCUUUAUACCGCAGCAGACAAUGGACAUUCGUUAGUUGUUGAAGAGAUGUUGAAGCAUAUGAAUCUUGAAAUCGCAUCUAUUGCAGCUAGGAAUGGGUUUGAUCCUUUCCAUGUCGCAGCAAAACAAGGCCACCUCGAGACAUUGAAGAGACUCUUGGAGACGUUUCCGAACCUAGCCAUGACAACUGAUUUAUUGUGCACAACAGCAUUACACACGGCUGCUACACAGGGACACAUUGAUGUGGUGAAUCUUCUUUUGAAGACGGAUUCUCAUUUAGCUAAGAUAGCUAAGAACAACGGUAAAACCGCCCUUCAUUCCGCAGCUCGGAUGGGGCAUGUUGAAGUUGUCAAGUCUUUGAUAGGUAACGAUGCAAGCAUUGGGUUUAGAACUGAUAAGAAGGGACAAACAGCGCUUCACAUGGCUGUUAAAGGUAAACAUGAAGGGAUUGUUCUUGAGUUGGUGAGGCCUGAUCCUAAAGUUUUGAGCGUUGAGGAUAAUAAAGGAAACACUCCAUUGCAUAUUGCCACAAAUAAAGGCCGUACUAAGAUAGUGAGAUGUUUAGUAUCGUUUGAUGGAAUCAACCUCAAUGCUCUGAACAAGGCUGGAGAUACUGCGCUUGAUAUAGCUGAAAAGAUUGGAAACGCAGAGCUUGUGUUGGUUUUGAAAGAAGCAGGAGCUGCUACAGCUAAAGAUCUUGGGAAGCCUCAGAAUCCAGCUAAACAUCUUAAGCAAACGGUGAGCGACAUUAGACACGAGGUACAAUCUCAGCUCCAGCAGUCUCGCCAGACAGGUGCUAGAGUUCAGAGGAUCGCAAAGAGACUCAAGAAGCUUCACAUUAACGGUCUGAACAACGCUAUAAACUCAGCAACCGUUGUAGCUGUCCUAAUAGCAACCGUUGCGUUUGCGGCCAUCUUCACCAUACCUGGACAAUAUGAAGAGGACAGAACAAAAGGACCGUUGGUGUUAGGAGAAGCUAGGAUAGCCAACGAAGCACCGUUCUUGGUCUUCUUUAUAUUCGACAGCUUGGCGCUGUUCAUAUCUUUGGCGGUUGUUGUGGUGCAGACAUCGGUUGUGGUGAUUGAACAGAAGGCGAAGAAGAAGCUUGUGUUUGUGAUCAACAAGCUCAUGUGGUUGGCUUGUUUGUUCAUAUCUAUUGCCUUUGUUUCUCUUUCGUUUAUCGUUGUGGGUAAAGAGGAUAUGUGGCUAGCGAUUUGUGCAACGGUUAUUGGAGGGACGAUCAUGCUAACCACUAUAGGUGUAAUGUGUUAUUGUGUGGUGAUGCAUAGGAUUGAGGAGUGUAAGCUGAAACAAAUGAGGAAAGAGAGAAGCAAGUCUAGAUCUUUCUCACUCUCUCAUAUGCCUUCAGAGUCAGAUAUUCUCAAUGGUGAACUCAACAAGAGAAUGUAUGCACUCUGAUGAGACUAACUCAAGUCUCAAAGCAAAUCUACAGUUUGUGACACAAAAUGUAUUUUCUAAAGAAUCAAAGAAUGAAUAAAAAAAGUGAUUACUUCA